AUGCAGGCGUGCAGUCUCUCGCAGUCUAUGGUAGACCUUUCGUCAGCACCGCAGACGCCACCGCGACCGGCCACUGUGACCGACGUGAGGGAAUGCCGCUUAUCCGCUCUGGAUACCUCUCAGUCGAAUGAGGGUUUACCAGGGGCAAACACCGGCGGGGAGGCUGUCUGCACCGUUAUCGGUACCUCGCUGCAGUCAGCAUGGUCUUCGCAGCUGGAUGUAUCGGCGACUUCUGGCCCACUGGCACACAAGGCGCAACAAGCGUCGGCCUUCCCGCCUCCGUCACCGAAGUAUGAGCCGGCAACUCUGCGCACUGCGAAGGCAUCACCGCAUCCCUGCCAGUCUUCUGCUGGGGCAGAUGGCCCGCUGUCCGCCGCGGCACUACCCCAAGCAGCAGAGGCCGGUGCUACAAAGCCGCAACCCAGUACGAUGCCGCAAUGCCGCAGCACCUGCUCUUGCCCUUCGGAAGGGGACUCAGCACUGGAGCAUCGCUUGUCAUCAACUUCGAGUUCUUUGUCUGUUAGCGCGAUUGUGGACUCUCAAGCUCAUGCACAAGAGCAGUCAGCGUCAAAGCGAAACAUUAGCGGCGCUUUUCCAGAAACAGCGGCAGCGGCGCAUCUACCCACACCCAGCCCAAGCGUGCGGAGGGCGUCGUCCACGUCUGCAGCCACAACACCGUCGUCAGUUGGCGCUGCGACCUCACUAUCGGAUUCCAUGAGGAGCAUACCCAACAACAUGGAGGCGGAGGUCGUCGUCGGAACAAGCACGCCCAUGCAGCCACUAUCAAUGCGAUUGCCAGGGCCGAGCAGUGUCGCGGGCUCCGCCGUACCGACUGCUUCGGAGAAGUCACUGUCUUCGCACCACAGUGACUCGGGCUCCACACUGCUGGAACGCUUCGCGGUGUUUCACGACUUGCAGGCGUUCUUGCAGUGGGAGGAAGAGGAGAAGGAAUCGCACACGUGUGAGCUGCCGCAUGACCGUGAUGCGUGUAAUGGGGUGUUUGAGAGGUAUCAUCUGAGUAGAGCGGCGGCGAUGACGGCGGCGGAAAAUGAAAAAUUUGGCGCCUUGAUGUGCCCGACUAAUGCAAGCGACCACAGCCGCGAGAGGACGGAGGACGAGGAGUCCCUGGAGAGCUCCGUGGGUGGAUUUCUUCGCGGAACCGACACCACUGGCCACGCGCCCAUCACGCCACGCCUUCGCAGCCGCAUUGAGAAGGUGCAGCAGCAGGAGCUGGAGAUGCUGCGCACUGUCCCAAAGGAGCGCCAUCCGGAUAUAAUGGAUUUCCUCGACUCGCCAGACGUGCUGAUGCGAGAGCUGGAGGGGAUGGAUGCGGCCAGUAAUGGCCAAGAGGACGGCAACAGAGACCCCACGGACGACGUGGCGGAUGGGGUGCAGGCGCCACAUGCUAGACUAUCCCCUCAGAAGCGACCGCAGCCUGUGCUCGUGUCGUCGCGUUCUUCACCGACAAUGUCGGUUGCACGAGGCAGCCGUGUCAGACCUGAGGGAAGGCCGCCAGUGCGAGAAGUCGGAAGAGUGGCUGCCCCCACCACGGAGAAGAGUGGCACCACCGAGUCGGUUGUGAGACAGUACAGGCGGAAUGGGUUUGCCGCUUCCUCUCACAGUGCGAGGGCGCGAGAGACAAACCAGGCAGUACCGCGAGCCUCGCGGCGGUCAAACGGCUCGGAGAAUGGUCACGUGGGCAGCGGUGACAGUGUUUUUAUCUCGACACCUCGUAGGCGACUUGCCACUGAGGGCGGCUCCAGGGCUAGGUUCACACCCAUGCUGUCUUGCGGUGCUUUGAGUGACGCGAUACCACCUUCUCCAACCACGGCCCUGAACAGCCAAGUUACUGUGGCCGCGGUCGGCGUUUCCGCUUCCACUCAGGAUCCUCGACAGCGACCACCCGUUUCCAAUACGCCGAUCAGCAGUCGGUCAGAGCAACCGUUGCGCACGGCUUCCCGGCGAGGGGACGGCUACAGCGGCUCAUCAAGCAGAGCUGGCACCUCCCCGCCCCACAAAGCAGCCGCGCCGGCCUCGGACGAUCUUCUGCCAGCGCUCUUUUCGGCCCAGGAGGCGGCGAACACCAUCACCAUUGUCUUUGACUUGGAUGAAACACUCUGCAACAACCGGUGCCUCAUCAGACCCAUACUUCGACCUGGAGCAGAGCUGCUACUCCACACACUGCGCGGCCUCUGUCCCUCGCCUCGGUAUAAACUGAUCGACACCACCCACACCCACACUCGCAACCAGAACGUCUCGAAUCGACUGUAUGAUGAGGCGAUGUACCGCAUGGGCAUGAUGCCGUCGUACUACUCACGGGUUGCACAGAGGCAGUCGGCGAACGGCUAUCACCGCACAAGCAGCACUCUUCUCCCCGGCACUACUGAGACGUCGGGUGCUGCCGCGACCGACAUUUCAGAUGCGACCGCUUCUGCUGGCUUCCGCAGCACCGGUGAGGCACGCCCUGCCACGGCGAAAGAUAAGAGCCCGCUUCGCCUGGAGCUGGUGCUGUGGACGGCGAGCGAAGAGAGCCUAGCUCGGCGCGCCAUGCAUUAUAUGGACCCUCUGCACAAGAUCUUUGACGAAGCCAUUUAUCGCGAUGGGCGGUGGUAUCGUGACUCGUACUACACCAAGGAGCUGUCCCGACUCGGCCGGUGCAUGGAUCGCGUAGUCAUCGUUGAGAACUCGAUUGAUUCUGUCAUUCGGAAUCGAAAUAACGCCAUCCUGGUUACCAGUUUUGUGCGCAACCGCCUCGACCGGCAACUCUUCCUCGUGCGGGAAGUUCUGCGAGACUGGAUUUGGGCCAUGAAAGCGAAGCUGGCGCAUCAGCAGGACGCAGCCCGCGCUGCCAGUGGGCAGCAGGAGAGCAUUGAGCCAUCGACGGCUCGAGACCUCACGUUGCACGCCGUCAGCCAAGACGCGGGUGGUGACUGUACCGAGAAGUGCAGCGAUGAGGGAGGUGAGAGUUUGGUGCCACCGUACUCGACGCCGUCGGCUGCGCGCAUUCACAGAAGUGAAAGCAUACCGAUGCAAAUUGGCCAUAUCGACACACCCAUUCGCAGCGGGGACCUUAUUCACGUCGACCCUGAUGGCAACGGUUCGCUACGUGAGGUGAUCGCCAAACGUGCUGCGUCGGCGCCGUGCUGUCCCGCCGCUCGUGCUGUUUCAGGGUCAGCCGUGGUGCAGCGUGCCACCCUUCGCCCGCUCAGCGCCAUGGCGCGUCGCGCAUCCGACAUUGUGGAGUUCCUGCGGCAUCAUCGACUCAUCCUUCCAGACUCCAACUUCCUUCGUUUCCAGCUUACGGCCGAGGUCAUGAAGAAGCUGCAAACCACUGAGGCUGCCCUUAUCGCCGCCGCUCUUCCCCCGUCGCCGGCGGCAAUUGAGCCCGCGGACGCGCAGGUGGUGCGCACCCUCGGCGGUGUGUCUGGUUCUCGUACAACCCGAGGCGGGAGUGCACUGCCGAACGUGACGCCCCCUUCCCCCGCUACCGCGGCAAAUUCGGCAGGACUACCAUCCAAAAUGCUGCGCUCCGGCACUGUUGGCCGUGCGCUUCCUAACGGGGGCGUGGCUUCCGUGGGCGGUGUCACUGCAGACGCGGCGCGACUGCGUACCUCUAUGAAGGAGGUGGGAACGGCGACGAUCUCGACGCCUCCGCCUGCAGGAUCCGCGACACGAACCACUCCGGACAGCCACCUCGACUCUCCGGCACCCAACAGCGUGGCUUGUUGGUCCGAGACUCACUGUGAUCCUGUUCGAUUGCAGCGCACAGUAUCGGUGGCAUCCAAGAGACUAGUGACAAGGGAGACAUAG